AUAAAUUAAUUUUAUUGGUUUAAAUAUCUAGUGAUUUUCUGUCACCUUUGUUGUCAACCUGUUGGAAUGUGGAAAAGAACGGACCGUCUUAACCUCCUUUUGCGAAACUUCAGUCGAACAUGGAGAAUCGUUCGAUAUCGAAGAAGCGAAAGUUUGUAGGAGACGGUGUCUUCAGGGCCGAGCUGAACGAGUUUUUGACUCGUGAACUCGCCGAGGAUGGCUAUUCGGGCGUGGAAGUCCGCGUUACGCCAAACCGGACGGAGAUCAUCUUGCUGGCCACCCACACGCAAAGCGUGCUCGGCGAGAAGGGACGCAGGAUCAGAGAGCUCACCUCUGUAGUGCAGAAACGUUUCAACUUUAAGGAGCCGCAGAACGUCGAGCUGUACGCCGAGAAGGUUGCCACGCGUGGCUUGUGCGCCAUCGCGCAAGCAGAGUCCCUUCGGUACAAACUGAUCGGAGGCCUUGCUGUGCGAAGGGCGUGUUACGGUGUCUUGCGUUUCAUCAUGGAAUCAGGUGCCAAGGGUUGCGAAGUAGUUGUCAGUGGUAAGUUGCGUGGUCAGAGGGCAAAAUCGAUGAAAUUUGUCGACGGUCUCAUGAUACAUUCCGGCGAGCCGACUAACGAGUACGUCAACACUGCCACCAGGCAUGUGCUUCUUCGUCAAGGAGUAUUAGGUAUCAAGGUUAAAAUCAUGCUUCCUUGGGAUCCCAAUGGCAAGAGUGGUCCGAAGAAACCACUUCCAGAUUAUGUAUCUAUCGUGGAGCCAAAGGAAGAGGUACCUCCAUCUGUUCCGAGUUCUGAGGUGAAGGCGUCCAAAGAGAUGCCUCCACCCACUCCUCUCGUCGUGUAAUACAAUCAUUCGAAAUACAUUUUGAAAGAAA